CGCGAACCCUCGAACCCGGAUAUGCUUGCUGGGUUCUAAAAUCGAGCUUUGAAAAAGUGAGGGGCUUACCACGUGGGAUGUGGGCUGUGCGCGUGGAGGAGGAUGGUAUCUUUGAGGGAAUAGGAGAGUCUUGAAGACGCAACUCGGACAGUGGGAAUAUGAAUCUCUUACCUAAAAGCUCCAAGGAGUUUGGCUCCGCUGACUAUUGGGAGAAGUUUUUCCAGCAGCGAGGGAAGAAAGCUUUCGAAUGGUAUGGAACCUACCUGGAACUGUGCGGGGUGCUGCACAAAUAUAUCAAACCCCGAGAAAAGGUGCUGGUGAUUGGGUGUGGCAACUCAGAGUUGAGUGAGCAGCUAUAUGAUGUGGGCUAUCAGGAUAUAGUGAACAUUGACAUCAGUGAUGUUGUCAUCAAGCAAAUGAAGGAACGCAAUGCCAGUCGACGGCCCCAGAUGAGUUUCUUGAAGAUGGACAUGACACACAUGGAGUUUCCUGAUGCCUCAUUCCAGGUGGUGUUGGACAAGGGCACCCUGGACGCUGUUUUGACAGAUGAGGAGGAGAAGACCCUGCAGCAGGUGGACAGGAUGCUGGCUGAGGUUGGCCGUGUCCUGCAGGUGGGCGGUCGCUACCUCUGCAUCUCUCUGGCUCAGGCUCACAUCCUGAAGAAAGCAGUGGGUCACUUCUCUCGGGAGGGGUGGAUGGUGAGGGUGCACCAGGUGGCCAACAGCCAGGACCGGGUGUUGGAAGCAGAGCCUCGGUUCUCCCUGCCUGUCUUUGCCUUCAUCAUGACCAAGUUCAGGCCAGUCCCUGGCUCUGCUCUUCAGAUCUUUGAGCUGUGUGCUCAGGAGCAGGGCAAGCCUGUGCGGCUGGAGAGUGCCGAGCAACUGGCCGAGGCGGUGCGGGAGCGGCAGCGGUAUGCCUGGCUGUGCAGCCAGCUGCGCCUCAAGGCCGGGCUGGGGAGUGUGUCUCUGGACUUGUGCGAUGGGGACACGGGGGAGCCACGCUACACCCUCCACGUAGUGGACAGCCCCACCGUGAAACCAUCGAGGGACAGUCAUUUUGCCAUUUUCAUCAUUCCCCAGGGCCGGGAGACAGAGUGGCUCUUUGGCAUGGAGGAGGGCCGGAAGCAGCUGGCGGCCAGUGCAGGCUUCAGGAGGCUGGUCACAGUGGCUCUUCACCGAGGUCAGCAGUACAAAGGCAUGGACAGCAUCCAGGCCGAGCUGUCGGCCAGAGUCAUGGAGCUGGCCCCGGCAGGGAUGCCCGGCCAGCAGCAGGUGCCCUUUCUGUCUGUGGGUGGAGACAUCGGGGUCCGCACCGUCCAGCACCAAGAUUGCAGCCCUAUGAGUGGAGACUACGUCAUUGAGGAUGUGCAGGGGGACGACAAGCGCUACUUUCGGCGGCUGAUCUUCCUCAGCAAUAGGAAUGUGGUGCAGUCGGAGGCGAGGCUGCUGAAGGAUGGAUCUCACAGAGCCCAGAAGAAACGGAAAAAGGACAGGAAGAAGCAGCAGCCUGCUGAUCUGCCUGAGGACUUUGCUGCAGCCCCAUGGCAGUCCAUUGAUAAGAGUUACCUGUGCUGUGAACACCACAAAGCCAUGAUUGCUGGCCUUGCCCUGCUGAGAAACCCAGAGCUGCUCCUAGAGACCCCACUGGCAUUGUUGGUGGUAGGCCUGGGUGGGGGCAGCCUGCCCCUCUUUAUCCAUGAUCACUUCCCAAAGUCCUGCAUCGACGCUGUGGAGAUUGACCCUUCCAUGUUGGAAGUGGCCACCCGGUGGUUUGGCUUCUCCCAGAGUGACCGGAUGAAGGUCCGUAUUGCAGAUGGCCUGGACUACAUCACCAGCCUGGCAGGACAAGAAGGACGGCCUCUCUAUGAUGUCAUAAUGUUUGAUGUAGACAGUAAGGACCCAACACUGGGAAUGAGCUGUCCACCCCCAGCAUUUGUGGACCAAGCUUUCCUGCAGAAUGUCAAAAGCAUCUUGACUCUUGAAGGUGUCUUUAUCCUUAACCUUGUGUGCCGAGACUUGGGGCUGAAGGACUCGGUGCUAGCUGGGCUCAAGGCAGUCUUCCCCCUCCUGUAUGUUCGGCGAAUUGAGGGUGAAGUCAAUGAGAUCCUGUUCUGUCAGCUGCACUCUGAGCAGAAGCUUGCCACACCAGAGCUCCUGGACAUGGCCCAGGCCUUAGAGCGGACCCUGAGGAAGCCUGGGAGGGGUUGGGAUGACACAUAUGUCCUGUCAGAUAUGCUCAAGACUGUGAAGAUUGUAUGAUCACUGAGGCCAAGCAGUCUUCUCAGCAUCCUGCGAGACUGACUUUAGACUUCUUGCUUACCAGAGACUGAAGAAAUACAAUGCACAAUACUUUUUAAGCCUCGUAUUUUUCUUGAUUUCCUGCUCAUCCCAUUGUGACCUACAGCCUGGUGGGGCUGCCCAAGGACCUGGGAAAAUAAAAGGGUCCAUCCCACCCUGUCCUCUGCAGUACCACUUGAGUUGAUGCUCUUUGCUUCCUGUAGUAUGCCCUUGAAUAGGAUUCCCUGUUGGAGCCCCUUGCAGAUGCUGCGUGCCUUAACAAGUCUGUGCACCAUACUCCUCAGGACUGAAGACAAUCACAUUUGAUUGCAUCUGUACUUUACUAGUUUGCUUUUGCUUUAUCCCUGUAUUGGUUCUUUAGGAAUGAGUUCAAGUGAGAUAGUGGAUCACUCUGUGCCAAAAGACUGUCAUUAGAGUAGGAUCUCCAUAGAUAUGAAAAAGAUUUGAGAGAACAUCUUUAUCUCCUUGUAGGUGGAACUGCUGCUAAAUGGGUCCCAAUUUUUAGGGAUCUGCUAACCCCCUUGACUAUUUAACAGCUUUCCUUGACCACCCUUGUGGCCCUAGCCAUUUGUUUGUUCUAUCCUUGGUGGAGGGAGUGUGUGUAGCUGGCUCCAUGAUUGUGUAUGUCAGAGACUUGGCAUUUGCUUACAACAUUUAUUAAGUUAGCUACAUGCCAGACCCAGCAGAAAGAGCUGUGGUGGAAGAAAAGAUGUUUAAGAAUGGCCAAAAAAUCAGUUUAGUAAUAAAAGUUAACAUGUUCCAGAUAUUCUAAAUGGUCUACAUGUAUUACCUCAUUUUAUCUGAGAUAAUGGUUGUUAAAUCCUAACUACAUCUAAACCCAAAUCUCUGUUGAGCCAGAAGCAUCAAUCUUAAUCUCUUUUCCUAAAGAAGUGGUUCCAAGGCUGGCUUGAAUUUCAUCUCUCCUGAUUGUAUCAAGGCUGACUUAAUAAUAAA